AUGUGUCCAUUGGGAGUAUCAUCGUGGAGUGAUAUCAAGCAACAAAAGUUGGAUCACAUGUGGGCUGCUAUUGCGGAUAAAUUUGAGAGUGUUGACUUGAAUGAUCAUCGUGAUCAUAUAUUUGGAUGGAUGAAUGAGUUAUGGAACAAACGGAGAGGAUACUUGCAUGCUACUUAUGUGAAGAAUAAGCCAAUCGUUCAAGCUCUUAAGAAUAUUCCAAAGGGAGUAGAAAAGAAGGAAUGGGAGUGGUUAGUUAAGGAACACUUUUGUUCUGAAAGUUUUCAGGCGAGGAGCAAUAGAAAUGCAGAAAAUCGAGCUAAGUUAAAGAUGUUUCAUCAUAUUGGUAGCAAGCCUAUUAGAGAGAUUAUUUAUCAGCAGGGCGGAAAAGAUGGUAAUGCACCAAAUUUGGCGACUAUUUUCUUUGAGACUCGCAAGAAAGAUAACAUGCUUGUUGAACCAGAAGCAAUUGAAAAACAUGCUCAAAUCGAAGAAAUACUAAAAGCUGAGCCAUCUCUGCCUAGCAUAGAGAUUGUAGAAAAGUGUUGUGGACCUCAAAAUCGUAGCCAUGUAUUUGGCUUUGGGGGUGGAGUAAAGGCAAAGGACAUGAGAGAUGGCACUUCUUCAAAGGCUGAAUUACUGUCUGAGCUACGUUCAACUCAAGAGAAAAAUAAAUCUUUGAAUGAGGAAAAUAAAUCCUUGCAUGAUCGCUUGUCUACAUUAGAAGAUGCAAUGGAAGAAAUAAGAAAUAUGAAAGAAUUCAUUGCUGCUCAACAAUCGCAUAACCUACAUAUGACAUCACCCGUAUCAACUGAAUGA